CUCACUUCUUUUACUGUCGGUUUUAUUCUCAAUGUGAAUGAGUUUGCGGCUUCACCCGACCGCUGUAAUGUGAAAAGCCGCAUAUGCACUAUUAGUACUGACACACUCAAGAGAAAAACAAGUGAGCACCUAUAAUUUUACCUCAGCGCUCUAGUCAUAUCCAGAGUGUGGAUUAACACGUUUAAGUGCUAUAACCAUGUCCAGGCCAGCAGGCGGCGGUGCUAAUGAUGUCACCCGCCUCCUCUCCACGGGAGCGGUGCCUGGGUCACCAACCCCUGUAUUCUCAGCUUCCAGCCAAGCUGAUUGGGCGGCCAAGAGGCUCGUCUGGGUGCCUUCAGAGAAACAUGGGUUUGAGUCUGCAAGCGUGCGUGAGGAGCGGGGUGAUGAGGUGGAGGUGGAGCUUACAGACAGUGGGCGGAAACUGACACUGUCAAGGGAGGAGCUUCAGCGGAUGAACCCGCCCCGUUUUAGUAAAGUUGAAGACAUGGCCGAUCUCACGUGCCUCAAUGAGGCUUCUGUCUUACACAACCUCCGUGAGAGAUACUAUUCAGGACUCAUAUAUACGUACUCUGGCCUGUUUUGUGUGGUGAUUAAUCCCUAUAAGAACCUGCCCAUCUAUACAGAGUCCAUCAUUGAGAUGUAUCGUGGGAAGAAACGGCAUGAGAUGCCACCACAUAUUUAUGCCAUAUCGGAGGCAGCCUACAGGAGCAUGCUGCAAGACAGAGAAGAUCAGUCCAUCCUGUGCACAGGAGAGUCUGGUGCAGGAAAAACAGAGAACACAAAAAAAGUCAUUCAGUAUCUGGCACAUGUGGCAUCCUCACACAAGUCUGGCACUCUGGGUCGAUCUAAAGACGGCGCUUUACAGACGGAUGGCACGCGGUCUUUGGGUCGAGGCAGCAGUGCUGUAAACAGGGGUGAACUAGAGAGACAGUUACUGCAAGCUAACCCUAUCCUUGAGGCCUUUGGCAAUGCAAAGACAGUCAAAAAUGACAACUCUUCAAGAUUUGGCAAAUUCAUCAGGAUCAAUUUUGAUGUUGCUGGAUAUAUUGUUGGUGCUAACAUAGAGACAUAUCUCCUGGAAAAGUCUCGGGCCAUUCGCCAGGCUAAAGAUGAACGAACCUUCCAUAUCUUUUAUCAACUCCUCGCUGGAGCGACUGAGACCACGAGAAAGGAGCUUCUGUUGGGUGGUGCAGAUGAGUACCGCUUCCUCUGUGGGGGCUCACUUCCUGUUCCUGGUCAGAGUGAUGCGGAAAACUUCACACAGACGAUGGACUCCAUGACCAUCAUGGGCUUUAGCAAUGAAGAGUCCAUCUCUAUGUUAAAGGUGAUUUCUGCAGUGCUGCAAUUUGGGAACAUCACGUUUAACAAAGAGAAAAACACAGAUCAGGCCUCAAUGCCAGACGACACAGCUGCUCAGAAACUCUGCCACCUGCUGGGCAUCAGCGUGCUGGAGUUCAGUCGAGCCAUUCUCACUCCUCGCAUCAAAGUGGGUCGGGAGUAUGUCCAGAAGGCCCAGACCAAGCAGCAGGCUGAUUUUGCAGUGGAGGCUUUGGCGAAGGCAACAUAUGAGCGUCUCUUCCGCUGGCUGGUGCACCGGAUCAACAGAGCGCUGGACCGCAGACAGCGACAGGGAGCUUCAUUUAUCGGCAUCCUGGACAUUGCUGGAUUCGAGAUCUUUCAGCUGAACUCAUUCGAGCAGUUAUGUAUUAAUUACACUAAUGAGAAGCUGCAGCAGUUGUUCAAUCACACCAUGUUUGUCCUGGAGCAAGAGGAGUACCAGCGCGAGGGCAUCGAGUGGAACUUCAUCGAUUUCGGUCUGGAUCUCCAGCCCUGUAUUGACCUCAUUGAGAGACCGGCCCAUCCACCCGGCGUGCUGGCGCUCUUGGACGAAGAGUGUUGGUUUCCGAGGGCGACGGAUCGCUCGUUUGUAGACAAGCUCUCAGUUGAGCAGGGUACACACCCCAAGUUUAUGCGGCCACGGCAGGUUAAAGAAGAGGCAGAUUUCUCUAUUAUACACUACGCUGGCAAGGUGGACUAUAAGGCAAAUGAAUGGCUGGUGAAGAACAUGGAUCCUUUGAAUGAUAAUGUUGCAUCUCUUUUACAUCAGUCUUCUGAUCCCUUCAUUUCUGAGCUCUGGAGAGAGGAUAUUCAAACUCUUCCUCGUGUCUACUUCUUUGACUCUUAUGCCACGCUGCAAACCAAUGGCUCUGACAGCAUGGAGAGGAUUGUGGGUCUGGAUCAGGUGUCGUCUGGUGAAAGCAGUGGGCCAGUGAAUUUCGGGGCAGCUGGGCUCAAAACAAAGAAGGGCAUGUUUCGCACAGUGGGACAACUCUACAAAGAGUCCCUUACGAAACUAAUGGCCACCCUCCGUAACACCAACCCCAACUUUCUCCGCUGCAUCAUCCCCAACCACGAGAAGCGGGCAGGGAAGUUGAGUCCUCAUCUGGUCCUGGAUCAGCUGAGGUGUAAUGGAGUGCUGGAGGGGAUCAGGAUCUGCAGGCAGGGCUUCCCGAAUCGAAUCCCAUUUCAGGAGUUCAGACAGAGGUAUGAGAUCUUGACCCCAAAUGCGAUUCCCCGAACUUUCAUGGAUGGAAAACACGCAUCUGAGCUCAUGAUCAGUGCCUUGGAACUGGACAAGAAUCUUUUCCGGGUGGGACAGAGUAAAGUGUUCUUCCGUGCCGGAGUUCUUGCUCAUCUAGAGGAAGAACGAGACCUGAAGAUCACAGACACCAUCAUCCGCUUCCAGAGCGCCGCCCGUGGAUACCUCGGCAGGAAAGCGUUCCAUAAGAAACAGCAGCAGCUCAGCGCUCUUCGUGUGAUGCAGAGAAACUGUGCUGCCUACCUAAAGCUCAGAAACUGGCAGUGGUGGAGACUCUUUACCAAGGUCAAACCCCUAUUGCAGGUGACCCGUCAGGAUGAGGAGAUUCAAGCUCGGGAAGCACAGCUUCUGAAAGCCAAAGAAAAUCUCAGCAAACUGGAGCUUGAUUUUAGUGAACUAGACAGAAAAAACCAACAGCUGAUGGAAGAGAAGUCAGUGCUCACCGAUCAGCUUCAGGCGGAGGCGGAGUUAUUCGCUGAGGCAGAAGAAAUGAGAGCACGGUUGGCCAAUCGCAAACAAGAGCUUGAAGAUGUGUUAGCAGAGCUCGAGAGCCGAUUGGAGGAGGAGGAAGAGAGGAAUGUCCAGCUGACCAAUGAGAAAAAGCGAACGCAGCAGCAUGUGCAGGAUCUUGAGGAGCAGUUAGAGGAGGAAGAAGGGACACGUCAACGCCUCCAGCUGGAGAAGGUCACUCUGGAAAGCAAAGUGAAGAGUCUGGAGAGCGAGACCUUGACGCUGGGAGAGCAGCGAGACCGAUUAAACAAGGAAAAGAAACAGCUGGAAGAGAGACUGAAUGAAGUGGCAGAUCAACUUACAGAGGAAGAGGAGAAGGUGAAGAGUCUCAACAAGCUGAAAAACAAACAGGAAGCUGUCAUUGCCGAUUUAGAAGAGCGUCUGAAGAGGGAGGAACAGGUUCGACUGGAACAGGAGAAAUGUAAGAGACGAAUGGAGGCAGAAGCAUUGGAGACCCAGGAGCAGAUGUCCGACCUCAGUCUACUCUCCACAGAGCUGAGAAACAGUUUGAGUCAGAGAGAGAAAGAGAUCACCACACUACAGUCACGGCUUGAGGAGGAGGGAGGACGACGUUCAGAGGCCCAGCGAGCUCUGCGGGAGGCCCUGUCUCAGGUCUCUGAGCUAAAGGAGGAGGUGGAGAACGAGCGAGGAAUGAGGGAGAGAGCUGAGAAGCAGAGGAGAGAUCUGGGUGAGGAGUUAGAAGCUCUGAGGACCGAACUAGAAGAUACGCUGGACACUACAGCUGCUCAGCAAGAGCUCAGAUCUCGACGUGAGGCUGAAUUAGGAGAGCUCCAGAGGUGUUUAGAGGAGGAGACCCGACGUCAUGAAGCCCAGCUUUCAGAGCUCCGUAUCAAACACACUGCUUCUAUUGACUCCCUGCAGGAGCAGCUAGACAACGCCAAAAGAUCACGCCAGUCUCUGGAGAAAGCGAAGGCUGUCUUGGAAGAGGAGCGCAUGAACCUCAGCGCUGAGCUAAAGACCCUCCAGGGGGGGAAGAUGGAGAGUGAGAGGGGCAGAAAGAGAGCAGAGGGGCAGUUACAGGAAGUGACAGCACGCCUCUCACAGGCCGAGAGGGAGCGAGAAGAGAAAGAGGAGCGAAUCAGUAGACUACAGGCGGAGCUUGAAUCUCUGUCCAGUUCUCUCUCCUCAUCUGACACCAAAUCUCAUCGUCUAAUUAAGGAAGUCAGCAGUCUGGAGAGUCAACUACAUGAUGUGCAGGAACUCCUGCAGGAGGAGACGCGGCAAAAAAUGGCAUUGGGCUCGCGAGUGCGCGCUCUAGAGGAGGAAAAAGCAGGACUGAUGGAAAGAGUAGAAGAGGAGGAGGAGAAGACUAGAGAGCUCACACGUCAGAUCCAGAGCUAUACACUGCAGCUGGCUGAUCUAAAGAGGCAGUUGGAGGAGGUGAAUACAGCAGUGGAGGUCGGAGAGGAGACCAGGAGGAAGAUGCAGAGAGAGCUGGAGAACUCCACACAGAGAGAGAGAACCAAAGAGGAGGAGAGAGAACGUGUGGAGCGACAGAAAGAACGUCUGAGAGAAGAGAUCGAGGACAUGACCAUCGCUCUGCAGAGAGAGAGGCAGAACUGCACUGCUCUGGAGAAGAGACAGAAGAAGUUUGAUCAGUGUCUGGCAGAAGAGAAGGCAGUAAGUGCUCGACUGCUGGAGGAACGAGACCGGGCUGAAGCAGAGAGUCGAGAGAAAGAAACACGCUUUCUGUCUCUCUCUAGGGCACUGCAAGAAGCCACAGAGCAGAGAGACGAGCUGGAGAGAACCAAUAAGCAGCUUCGAAUUGAGAUGGAACAGCUGGUUAAUGCCCAGGAUGACGUGGGCAAAAAUGUCCAUGAGCUGGAGCGUUCUCGACGAGCUUUGGAGACAGAAGCCCAAUCUCUAAAAGAACAGACACAGGAGCUGGAGGAUGAGCUGACAGAAGCUGAGAACGCUCGUCUGAGACUGGAGGUCACCCUGCAGGCGCUUAGAGCUCAGUUUGAGAGGGAGAUCAGCACCAAGGAGGAGAAAGGAGAAGAAAAGAGGAGAGCGCUCAACAAACAGGUACGAGAACUUGAAGCAAUGCUUGAGGAAGAGAAAACUCAGAGAGCUCAGGCUCUGACGGUCAAGAAACAGCUGGAGACCGAGCUACAAGAGGCGGAGUCCCAGGUGGAAGCAGCCAAUCGGGGUCGAGAGGAGGCAAUUAGGCAGAUGAAACGUCUUCAGACUCAGGUGAAGGAACUUAUUCGUGAUCUGGAUGAGACCAAGUUGGCUCGAGACGAGAUUGUCGCCCAGUCAAAGGAUAGUGAGAAGCGUCUGCAGAUCCUGGAGGCUGAACUAGUACAGUUAACAGAGGAUCUGGCUGUAUCUGAGAGGCAACGCAGACAAGCCCAGCAGGAGAGAGAUGAAAUAGCCGAUGAAAUCAUCAACACUGCGAAUGGAAAAUCCGCGCUGUUAGAAGAGAAACGACGUCUGGAGGCCAGAAUCGCUCAGCUUGAGGAAGACCUAGAGGAGGAACAGAGUAAUGCAGAACUAGUGGCUGAGAGGCAGAGGAAGAGCGUCUUACAGGUUGAGACGCUCACCGUCCAGUUGUCUGGAGAGAGGACCCUGGCUCAGAAGAGCGAGGCCGCACGCGAGACCUUCGAGAGGCAGAAUAAGGAGCUGAAGGCUCGGCUCACUGAGCUGGAGGGGGCUGUGAAAGGAAAACAUCGCCUCAGUGUCGCCGCCCUGGAGGCCAAGAUUGAAUCAAUGGAAGAACAACUGGAGCAAGAGAGACAAGAGAGAACCGCCGCCAAUAAACUUGUGAGAAAAACAGAGAAGAAACUGAAAGAAGUUGUGCUGCAAGUGGAGGAUGAAAGAAGACACGCAGAUCAGUACAGAGAGCAGUUGGAUAAGUCUAUGGGUCGUCUCCGUCAGUUGAAGAGGCAGUUAGAGGAGGUGGAGGAGGAGAACUCUCGUUCUAAUGCCCAGCGCAGGAAACUGCAGCGCGAGCUGGAGGAGAUGAGUGACAGCAUGCAGAGCAUGAACCGCGAGGUCAACGCUCUACGCUCCCAACUCAGCAUCAUCGAACACCAGAAGUCAGAACAGCGAGCACCGCUCCCUCUCUCCGUACGUGCUGGCCGCAGGGCUCUGGUGGAUGAUCUCUCUCAGGAGAACUCUGAUUCUGAAGAUCCAGGUGCUUCUCCCACCCCGUCCAGCGGCCCGCCGGGUACCCCCACACCAUCAGACAACUCCCUGGGCCCUCCACCCCCCUACAGCCUUACAGAUGCUGAAUGAAACAGGGAGUGUGUGAAAGAUGGACAGAUUAACUGAUUUAACACGCAUAGCUUUGCAAUCGUCCACAGAACAUUCGUGCAGUCACACUGACAACGAAACAACUUGAAACUAGUUUAUGAUAUUGAAUGAUGAAUUAGCAUGUAGGAUGGCAAAAAUCUUAUUUGGUUCUCUUGUAGUACUAUUUAAACCAACAAUGCAGUUAAAACUACUGCAGUUUUUUUGUGGGGGAGAAAAAACUACAUUUCCCAGAAUUCUUAGGGAAAUAGAAGUACUGUAUAUUGGCAUAGCCUCAUGUCCAUGCAGUAUUUAUCUAGGCUUGUUGUAGCAAAAUUACGGCUGCGUUCAAAAGCUUAUAGUGGGUAGCUGGCUUGUUGCCUAGCUGCCCUAUUGGGCAACGACUGACUUUAUAGUAGCGUAACAACCCAUAGUUGAUAAUAAUGGUUUUACUUACAAAAGUAAGUUACAUUUUGAGUUAAUUCAACUUAAAAAAUAUGAGUUGACACAACAUUUAUUUUUAAGUUAACAUUUAAGUUUUGAGUUUAAGUUGAAUUAACUUUUAAAUUAAAUUUUAAUGCAACCAAGUAACAUUUUAAGGCAACCACAACAACUCUGACAUGCAAUCAAAGGUUAUCAACUAGUGAAAAUAAAACUUAAAAUUAUACAGAAACUUACAUUUAUACAACCGCUCUCUUGGAUACCAUUUUAAUUUUUAGAAAUCGACUUGACCAAUCACCUUCUACCAUGAACUCACACACACAGGAUUGUGGGAUAUUAAAGUCAGCAAAAAAUGAUAAGAUAAAGGUAUCUCAAGAGAUAAAAAGUUGAACAAUAAUUGGAAUCAGGUGUGCCUUGAUGCCUUCUUUCUCUUUCCCAGCAUUUUUUAGCUUUUGGACGCAGCCUACAAUUGCCACCUCAAGCUCUUUUUCAAUCAAUCAAAAGCCAUGAGUUUAAGAGAGUUUUGCAUGUUGAUGGCAAUCAGAUUGCACUGUAAAUAAAAGAAAAGUUGGUUUACUUAAAAAAGUAAGUUACUUUAAAAUCUUGAUUUAAUUCAACUUUAAAAUAUUAAAAUUUUUACAAAACUUUGUUAACUAAUAUUUUUAAAUUGAAUUAACUCAAGAUUUUAAGGCAACCAUAUAACUUACUUUUUUAAGUUGAACCAACUAAUCUUUUUUACAGUGGGGGUGUUGCAUAGAUGAUCCAUAUGAACAGGUUCAUGUUUAGACUAAAAUCCAUCAGCUGUGCCAGCACAGGUCCAUUAUACAAGCCAUUUCUCUCUCUCACUCCUAAAACAAUCUCACGCUUCAGCAAUUGAGCAAACUCUCUUUGGUAUUUUAGGAUAUCUGUGUUUUAAAUUUUUAGAAAUGAUAGCACUAUUUAUUAAUAGUACUGUACGUUACUUUUCAUCUGACGUGAUUUGGCAGACUUGACGCUCGUGUAUGCUAUGAUUGUACUAAACAAAGACAGAACAGUGAGAAAGAGAAAAUAAGCUUUACUUUUAGAUAAAUACGCUACAACUUUGAACCAUCCACGCUAGCUUUCAUACAUCUUAGCCAUAACUUGAUAACAGAGAUCAUAACAGAAUGGAAAUAUACAAAAUCAAAUAUAAGUAAAAGGUUAAUAAACAAAUCUCGGCAGAUAACAAAACAGCCAAAGCUGACGGACUUCACUUUUCAUGUAGAUUAUCAGUAGCCGUUUUAAAGAUCGACCUGCUCUAAUCUCAAUAAAACAGUAGUAGUGUUUGGUUUGGUUAAGCCCUUGUAUUCAGGGUCUCUGUGCUGCAGACCUUACCUUCUUAGAUACUGUGCUUAGUUACCUAGUUAGCUCUGAAGGAAAGGCUUUUGUUGCUAGUUACAUAGAUAGGUAGUUAGGAUUUUUUAUUUGUCUUAACACAUCCGCUCCAGUUUUAAACUACUGACUUGUAAUUUUUAUCAGUGAGGAAAAUUCCAGUAUGCUGUUUAUUUAUUUUGUUUUGUAUGAUUUUUGUGUCUGCACAAAUACAUGUCAUGGUUAUUGUAUAGUAAAUUUCGAUGAAACAGGACAAAGUUAACCAGACUACAAGGGUAAAGAUGAUUUAUACUUGGAUAGAAAAAAAAGAGUUUACCCAAUAAGCUGCAGUGAGCAUCAGUGAACAACAAACUUGAGACGAGGCGAAUCUGUAAAUGUAUUUGAGACAGUUUUGACAUCAGACAGAUGAGAACAGAACAAAAAGUUUGUUAUCAAGAUUUUCUUGGUGUCAUGGUGUGCACUUGAAAUACAUGAACAUAUGAUAUUGUAUUACCUGUUUUUUUACCCAAGGGUUGAAGGCUGCUAGUUAUUUUACUCCGUAAUGAUCUUAACUAUAUGUAUUUUUGUUUUUAUUAAAUGUACAUGAUACAU